CUCCAAUGGGAACGGCGGAGGGGAAGUCGCAGCUAAAUCCUCUGACUUUACUACGAAGGUGAAGCGCAGCCAAGGCAAUGGAGAGGAACCGCGUCAAAAUGCUCGUUUAAUGUUUGAAGAAAAGUAAGAUGCCCGGUUUAGUGUCAUGCCUUGGCGAUCUAAUAGUCACUGGAAUCAUCAUCCUCUUCUCUGAGCACGUCACAUCAGAGAUAUGGACCAAUGAAGUUUCAGACGUCCAGUUCGGUGGACUGGGCUCCAGGGUCACGCUGACAUGCGGAGGUGCUCACGGCGGGUCUCCGGUGGAAUGGCGGUUCAAUGGGAGCUCAGUACCGACGUGGCAAACGCACAAGGGCUCGCUUACGCUACUGAACUCCACACACUCCAUGGAAGGCAACUACAGCUGCCAUGAUGAACGGGGAACUUUACUGCAGUCCAUCAAACUCCGUCUGGGCCAUCCACCUCAUUUUGUCAGAGUUUCUUGCCGUGUGCCGAGUCAUAUGAACAUCUACUGCUCCUGGGUACAAACGAAGACAACACACCUGCCCACAUUAUACAGAACGUCCUACAGAGUUAAAGGCGGAGAAGUGGAGCCCUGUGAGCAGGAGCACAUUGGGGUAAAUGAGUGUACAAUUAAUAACCCACCAUUCUGGACCUCAAAGCUCCUGGUGAACAUCACCGAAAUCAACCCACUGGGAUCCAACUCCACCAUCAUCCAGAUAGACGCUCAUGAACUCUUGAAACCAGAUCCUCCAGAGAAUGUCAUAGUUCUUCAGGUGGAAGGUCAGCCCACUCAGUUACUGGUCAAGUGGAGCUGUCCUUCAUCCUGGCCGGAUGAAAUCAUGCCCGGUUUUCCUUUAACCUACUUACUACGCUACCGUCCGAUCGGCUCCAGCUACUGGUCUGAGCUGGAGACAGAAGAGAACACCAGUCUAAAGAUCAUGGACGCUCUAGUGGGUCGCCUGCAUCAGAUCCAGAUCAGAGCUCAGGACGCUCUGAUCAACCACAGCCAGUGGAGUGAAUGGAGUCACGUGGUGGAGGCCCGGCCGUGGAUCGAGCCUUGGGAAGAGCCGACAGAGGAAACGGAUUCUGGCUUUUUACUUUUCAACUUGUCAUUUCCAGUGAGGACGACAGACAAGUCUCCAGAUUCAUCAUUACACCAGAGCGGAAGCCUCGGACUGGUGAUUUUGUUAGGGCUGUUCGCAACAGUCAUGGUGGCUGUGUUAUUAACUAUCAUCGCGCACUUCUGGGUCAGACAAAGAAAACAGGACAAUGUGAAGAAACAAGAACUGACUUCCAUGGUAAAGAUGAAGUCCAUACCAAUCUAA